UGGCCGGUCGGCCUCCAGCCCUCCUCCUGCACCUUCCCCCCGGGCCCCGCCGUGCAAGGCCGGCUCGCUGUGCUGGACCACAAAUGGGAGGGUUUGGGGCGGGGGGCAGAAGUUUCGCACCAUUCAUGGAUGCUUGAAGGCAGCUUUUCCGAGGCAGCCUGAGGGGAUGGCUUUGAUUAGCCGCGCUGUGCUUAGCCUUUUCCCAAAGAUUAUCACUGUCUGAACUUCUGGGGGGUCACAGUAGGACAGGGACAGUCAAAUGGGGACCCCUCCCCGGCUCAGCUGAGAUUUCUUGACUGGCAGAUGCUGGUCACCCGCUCUUCCAGUCUCUUGUGUGGAUUAUGCUUUUAAACUUAGCUUAUCUUUAUGGUUAGGCUAGAUGUAAAGAGGGAUGCAGCUCCCCUGUUUUUAAUAGACACGUAGAAGUUAAAAUUUCAGACAGCCCAUGGCAAAUGGCAUGAUCCUCAGGAAGUGAACAGGAAAGGACAAGCAUGGUUUGCUAAGAGAUGGUGGUGCCCAAAGUGGCAAAUCCACAGCGAUGCUCCUUACUCAUUUAUAAACAGCAUCUUAGUUUAGACACAGAAUGAAAGCAAGGGAAAGGUAGCAUCUUUCUGUGUCAGUCGCUGCUGGGAAAGAAUGUACUUAUUUUUAAUCAUGCUCGAUUGCCUUGUAAGGCCUGGGUCUCAGGUUUGGAAACUGUUUAGGGCUGUCAGGGCUCAGUCCUGGAAGUUGUGUAUUAACAAAGUGAAAGAGCCUAAGCAGAGUGCAAUAGAACGAGUGGUUUGGCUUCUUCCGGUGCCUGUUUGGUUAAUUGUGAACAGCAGUGAGAAGGUGUAUGGGAGAAAGCUGUGAGUUUUAAAUAGGCAAUGCUCAUUGCAGUGGCAUAGCCCUGGAGUUGCUACCUAUCUGGGAUUCUUCACAAGGAUGGUGACGGCAUUUGUACUGUGGUGCCCAUGAGUGCCUGUGCGUGUUUUGAUACAUCUGUUCAUGGUCUGCUUUUUAUACAACUCUGUUCCUGAUCAAGUCACCAUAAAGUGGUCUGCAGGUCUGUGCUCAGUGAGAUUGCACUUUGUUUUUAUUUUCUGGCCUUGGCCUCAGACAAUGGAAUCAUGGUCGCUCUAGAUAGGCAGGUUGAUGGCAAGGUAUACGGCACCAAUUGCCACAGCCUUUGAAUGGCCUAGAAAGCUGCACUUCACAUAGGAAAGGAACUCUGGUUAAGCUCAAGAUACUUUGGUUUUUGAGCCUUUUAAAAAUCCACCACCACCACCACCACAUUGCAUUUAUAUUCUGCUUUUUUUCCCUUCCUGCGAAGAACCCUGGGCAGCUUCCAUAGCUCCAUUUUCAUUCUCACAACAACAACCCUGUGAGGUAGGUUGGGCUGAGAGGGAAUGACUGGCCCAAAGCUACCCAGUGAGCUUCAUGACUGAAUGGAGAUUAGAACCUGGAUAUCCUGGGCCCCUGGUCCAACCCUCCGACCACCACACCAGCUUUUUCUCAUAGGAAAGGAGUUCUGAGUAUGCAAAGAUACAUUCAGACCUAAGUGCCAGAAUUUUUGUAAUGUGGGGAAUGGGCAAUCCUACAUAGGGUAUAACUGCCUUGGAACUAUGAAAUAAGUCCCUAGAAAUUAAGUGCCCACCAGGCGUGAGAACUUCAACACAAUUUGCUGUUAUACUGGGUAGAGUUCCUGGGAAAGUCUCUGGAAUGUUAUCAUUAUUUUCUUUAUUUUGUUGUUCUAAUAAAUGCAUUCUUUUUCAAUAUCUGCCAUGCUGCUUGGUAAAUGUUUUUGGGCAAGGUGGAUGGGAAGGGACCAAUAAAAAAAUAAGUGCUUCAUAACAUCCACAUCCUAUGCUGAUAGAACUUUAAGAAGGCAGGAAGUAAGCUCUGAAUUUACCCCUUUCUGGUUUGUUUUUCAUGCUGUUUGCUCAUUUAUUUAAGUUUGACAUCUCAUCUGCUAAAUGGAUGUGCUAAUGAAAGUGAAAAUAAAAUGCCCUACACCCAGUUUCUCCUCUACCAGUCACUGCCAUCUGUCUUUCUGUCUGUCUUUCUUGAUGAAUGAAAUGUUGUGAUGGUAACUUUCCAGCUUACAGUUCCUUAUCUGAUGCCUUUACAGGCAGAAAUAACUUCCUGGCAGAGAUUGUAGUGCCUUUCCUUUGCAAGUCCUGAAAAAUAGCCCAUAUAGAACCUUCUUUCUUAUAGAUUCAGAUAGUGUUGCCAUGGUACAUCUUAAAUUUCUCCUGAACUGAUGUCUGAAUAUUAAAAAUCAGGGAAUAGCUAUCAUAAUGAUGGGGAAGAUGGAAGGGACAUGCCAUUGGUCAGGAAGGGGAGAGCAGAGACUGGAAGACUGGAUCGCUCGGCCUGCAUCCAUGCCCUUGACCAGGAUUGCGCACUGGACUUGCUCAACAACCCCCUCUUCAUUACAGCAAAGUAGGAUGGAGAGGCUAUAACAGCUUCCACCGCUUCUCGCCCUGCCUGGUUCGGGUUGGUAUGAAUGAUAGAUGAAAACCUUUGUCCAACAAGUGUCAGUCCUGUAGGAGCAUGCUCUAAAUAAAUUUUAAUUGCCUUGAGUGCAAAGGUGUAAUGCUGAUAGCGCUUCCAGAUGGUGAAUGCUUUUCUUAGCCAGUGGGGGCAGUGGUUCUGAGUGUGGGGCAGGGACUCGGGAGAGCCGAGUUGUAGUUCCCGUUUGGCCUCGGGGCCAGCUGGGUGACUUCGGGGCACUCACAGACCCUCAGCCCAGCCUGCCUCACAGGGUUAUUCUUGUGGGGAUAAGAUUGAAAAGAGGAGGAGAACCAUGUAAGCCGCCCUGAGUUCCUUGGAAGGAAAAAAGGCAGAAUAGAAAUGUAAUAAACACAUUCGAUAUAAUCAAAGAUGUGUAUUCUUCUUUAAAAGAAACAAAACCAAACCAGAAAGUUUUCUCGGAAGAAUUUUGAUAACCUGUAUUUUAGUCAUUUUUAUAACAGCCCAAAGUAGCUGAUCUUCAUUAAUUAGGAAAAAAUGAAUACAGUUCACUUGGUAUAGUUAACAUCUAUUGAAUAUAAUUUUGUUCUGCCUUCAAUUAUUAAAAAAAAUCCUGAGCUAUUUAUCCAAGCAGAAAAUAUCAAAACAAUUAAUGGAGCAGUGGAAAAAACAGCUUGGCGAACUGCCUUAUCUAAAGAGACAAGAAGCAACAAUUUAGCUUCCUCCUCCCCUUUCCCGCCUUUAACAAAUUACUUUCAUUUUUUGCAAUUCAUUGAACGGGAAGGGAUUAAUCUUAAUGGGUUCCAGGGCUGACAUAGAUUGGAUGGUGUUUUAUGGAUAUUUCUAGGGACCAGGGGAACUGCCAGUCCUGUGGAUCCAAUGACUCUCCAAGCACCCUUCCAAAACACCUUCUUUCCCUUUUUUACACCAGAGAAGUACCAGCUGCCAAGUUUCUGCAACAGCUGGAAGAAGGAUGGAUCUUUUCGGCCUCAGUAGCAGAGUCUGGACCCUACAGCCUUUCAGAAAGCAUAGGAUUGCACAAUAAAAUGCAAAUAGUGUAAAUAUAUUCACAUUCUUAUUGGAAAAUAUUAUUAUUACAUUAUUAGUAAGGAUUUAAGACAUGCCAAGUCUAUGGCCUUAACUUCCUGUAUGUUGCUUUCCUUUUAAGAAAAACAAAGACAUGAAAAACUGUUAAUAUUGAUACCUGAAAAGCUAUGUGUAUGAACAAAAUAGAUACAAAAUUUCUUCCUGGGAAUAGUCAGCAAAUAAUGAACUUUAGCUUGGAUACUUCUCACUUUCAUUUGUGUUAUAUCUAUUAAGGAAUUGAUAGAACUAUUCCAAGAGACUGAAUCAGCCCAAAUCCUAAAAAGAAUGUGUCAGCAAAUGCAAAAACAAAACAAAACGACCCAUGGACUGGAAAUGUUCAGUAUAUGUUCCCGUCCCCAAGAAAGGAGAUGUGAAGGGGUGCAGCAACUGUAAUACCAUUGCACUAAUAUCCCAUGUAAGCAAAGGGAUGUUCAGGCUAUUGCAACAACGGAUCUACCCUAUAGGAGCAAGCAGUGCCUGCCAUAAAAAAGAAAGAGCCACUUGGGAUCCUAUCACAAGUGCGCUUUGGUUAAGGGAGUGCAUCCAUGAAUAUAGAAGGUCACUCUGUAUUGAUCACUCUACAGCAAAGCCUUUGCCAUGAUCACAAGAAGCUGUGGGUGAUUCUGAAAGAAACAGGCAUUGUCCAUACCAAUGAGUGAACUGUACUGUGGAUACGAAGCUGCUGUUAGGACAAAAUAUGGAGAAACAGAGCAGUAUCCUGUAGGCAAAGGCAUUAGACAAGAGCAUGUCUUAUCUCUUUCUGUUCAAUCUGUAUGCAGAACAUAUCAAAAGGAAAGCUUGAUCUGAGGAAUCAGGAUGGAAAUCGUUGGAAGAACAAAUCUCCAUUUCUUGAAAUACUAUUUGAGGCUGCAUUAAUAGAAGGGUCUCUUCCAAAUCAUGUGGAGUACUAGUUCCCCUUUACUCAGCACUGGUUAGGCCUCACCUGGAGUUUUUUGUCCAGUUCUGGGCACCACAAUUUAAGAAAGAUGCAGACAAGCUGGGAAGGGUUCAGAGAAGGGUUGCAAGGAUGAUCUGGGGACUGAAGACAGCCCUGUGAGAAGAGAUGGAAAGAACUGGUCAUGUUUAGCCUGAAGAGAAGAAUAGGGAGAGAUAAAAUAGCACUUUUCAAAUACAAGCAGUCCCUGAGUUACACAUUUCCAAGUUGUGAACAACUGGCAUGUAUGAACGAGCUGCCAUAAAGCCUACAAAUUAAAAAAAAACACUGCAGAAAAUAUCACCUCAGGGGGGAAGGACUCCAGUGCAUGCCUUCCUGCCCCACGCAUCUUGUUUGUCUCUCAGUUCAGGGUAUUCUAAAGCAAUCCUCCAGUCCAUCUUUGGAACUCACAAUUUCUCCAUUGUGCAUCUUUGUUCACUGUCCACUUUCGCACCCAUGCAGAGUGAUCGGAAGUACAAUCAUGUGGAUGACCUUGGUCUCAAGUGAAACAUCCUUGUGCUUAAUGAUUUUUUUUUUUUUUUUUGGUUGCUUCAUUGCUGCCCUUUCAAGUUUUAGUCAUCAUCUUGAGUGCAGACUCCCUUUGAAUUGGUAAUUGAGCCAAAGUCUGCGUAAUACUUCAUAAUUUCAAUUUCUUCAUUGCUACCAGUAAAGUUUUGUCAUUCUUCUGUAGUCAUGAUUCUUGUUUUCUUAAUGUUCAGCUGCAGUCCACUUUUGCACUUCAUUUUUUAUUAGGAGUUAAUUCAAUUUGCUGCCACUCUCUGCCAGUCAUGCAGUAUCAUCUGCAUAUCUUAAAUUAUCUUAAAAGCAUCUUCCGGCAACUUUCACUGCUGGUCCCUCUGAUCCUAAUCUGUUUACAGGUUGGACAGAUGGGGAGAUAAAGGGACUUUUGCUUGGCUCCUGUUCUUUUUCCUUUUCGUCCACAGCUUCUUCUGAUCCACAGAGGCAAAGGCGUAGUGUAUACAGCAUAGAGGGAUCUUUAGAAAUCCUGUGGAUGCAGGCACCAUUUUGGCUGCACCUGAGCUGCAGACACAGCUUGUUACCUUGGUUCCAUCGCCAAAUGGUGAUCAUCAUUCCAUUCCAGUUGUCAUUGAUUGUUCCUUUCAGGUGUCUGCGUUCCCAGAUGGUAAAGAUGAAAAGUUGCCUUAGAGCGAGCAGUUGCCUCUUGUUUGCCAGCAGCAGCGGCGACUUGGCAGGGGAAUGGAUUUUUUUUGGCAUGCAGUAAUACUAUUCAUGUUGCUCAUAUUCAUUCAGGAAGUAAACAUAAAUAGCUAGACUAAUUUUGUCGCUCUUGGAAAUGUGAGAAGAGGGCUUCAUGGAGCAAAUUUGUAUUUUUAACAUAUUAGGAGAACGGAAACAGCUAAAUUAUAUUCCUUCCAUAAGUUUGUAAUAAGACAGACUAGGACUGACGCACCUGUCAAGUGCUGUCAGUUCGACUAACUAUUAUUUAGCAGCAGUCAGUUAUUGCCCAAGAGUUCAUGAAGCGAAGAAUGCCACUGUGCAGUUAGCCUGUGCCUUUUAAUUUCAGUGUGGAUCACUUGUUAGCAGGACCAGCGGGAAAGUCCACUUGCUUGCUAGUCUAACAGUUUUUGGGGCAAAUCUUAAGGUAAAGCAGGACUUUUUGCACAGUUGGGUAUUUCCCACGGGGAAAACAAGAAGUCGCAGAAACCUGUGCGCCCUUGAAUUAGAUCUGUCCACUGUAAAGUUCUUGCGAACUGCUUUCCUUGGAUUUGGAUACUUUUCAAUCUCUUACACUGCUUCCAAUGAAUAUAUAGCCAGGUGAGUGUAGAAUUGCAGCGUUGCUUUGUUAACAGCAGUAGGAUUGGAUCCACUGAUAAUUAAAGUGGCUAUUUGUUGAUUUGUAAAAGUUACUGUUGUAGAAAUGGUUAACUUACAUUGUCAGUAUUUGACCAGUUAAUUUCUAAAGCCUGAACGGAGUAGGUUUGCUGAGUCGUAUGAAAAUAAAAGCACAGGGUUAUUCGUAAUUCUUGAAUGUAGCAAGCUAUUGGACUCAGAUCCAGAUGAGCAGGGCUGAAAAUUGUCAGAUGCCGAAUAAAGAUACAUUCAGUAACAGGGAAGUGAAGGAAACCGUCCCCGUUUAUGCAGUGUCCGGUAUGCGUAUUGCAGACAUUGCUUAUGCCUUGGUGUCACUGGAUCUUCGCGUAAAAAUCAGCUUCUGCACUUGUUUGUUCUGUUCAUUCAAAGAAAAUGUAGUGAUGUGCAUCACAACCUCUACCAGCUCUGGCCUGCACAAGUCUGGUAGAAGGUCUCUGCAAGUUCUUUAACUUGGGCAGCACAUGCUGUCUUUGGCUUACUAUGCUUUAAUUAUGCUUUGCUUUAAUUAGGGUGCUGUGAGUCAAAUAAGUGGGUCGCUAAACUGCUGAAAAUUUGUGGCGUUCGUCAAACUUUGUAGCUUCUCUCUCACUCACGUGCAACAUUGAAGAGGAAACAUAAUGUUUUUAAGUUUAUGCUUUUUUUUACCUCUUUUCUAUGGCUAAAGAAAACAAGUGCAGCCAGUUUAGUAGGAGGCAGAAUUGCAAGAGGUUCAAGGUGAAAUUAUGUUACCUUAGGCCAGCAAAAUCUUAUGAUCUGAAGGGUCUAGGAUGAAUGAUUUGAAGAAAUAAGUACCGUGGAUACCUUGUUACCUAAAUGUUUUAGGUUUUACAUGACCUUAAACAAACCUUCAGAUGGUUUGUGAAUCUUCAAAAGCCUCUUGAAUUUUUCCACUGGAAAAGCUGCGGUUUGUGCUCCUGCUGCUAGUAGUGAGUGUAAAAUAAUUUCAUUAUGUAGUUUAAACUUUGACACCCCCUCCAAUGUGUAUUUGAAACUUCUCUGAAGCUCUUCUGUGCCUUGAUCGAGCCACUGAUAGUGCAUUUCAAAGCCUGUUUCCUUGUUCUUGCACUUACGGUUUCACAUCGGUUUCACUAGAAGUAAAGCACUUUUCCCAAAGGGAAUUGUCUACUUUGCCAUCCCUAAAGGCAGUUUCCAAUAUUUAAUAUUUCAGUUUGUUCACAAGCGAACAAUUCCUAUAGCUUUUUUACUGUACUCUUUAACUCAACUGAUUUGGAACUUAACAGGCACGCAUAGGUCAUUGGUGGGUGCAUUACACAUGUGGACUAUGUGCAAGUUGCAUGUAUUUGAUCCAUUGGGGUCUGGGAUCUUCCAGUCCACCUUCAUAUCAACCUUGCAUCUUUUUCAUGUGUCUGCUUAGAUUUCUUACUGUGUUCAGUGUCAGCAUUGCUUAAUCUGAGCAAUACGUUUCUAUUUGUUUUUAAAGUCCCCGUGUUUAUUUUAUCAGUAGAUUUUUUAAAGCCCACAACAGUGCAUGCUGCUGAUAGUGUAGGAUUAAAGCAUGCUUAAGGUGUUUUGACUGUAGGAAACAUUCUGUAAGUUUUGCUUGGAGCCUUUGCAGCGUGGAAGUGUGGAAAUGGAGAGGGCAGCUGGUAAUUCACAGCUCUGUUUUCAGUGUUGACCUUUGUCCAGCCUGGGAGAAUUCUGACGUACAGCUCACACUUUUGUCCAUAGGAUGGUCAUGUUUCUCUUCUUACAGGUUGUCACCACUACGUGAGCAGGAUACUGGAAUGUGUAUCCACAUUCCACAUGGAUGUGAAUGUGUAUUCAGCAAUGCCUGGGGCGGGGAAAACAUGCUUAAACCAAAGGGCCUACUAUAUUCUGAAGCGUCCCCUGCCCCAGGCUUCCUUCAGCUGAGGAAGAAUAUUGAUCAACAUUAGCCUGUCCUAAAGAGUUAUAGUGAGAUGAAGCUCCCGCGUCCAUUUUGUUGAAGGGGAAGGUCAGAGUCUACAGAGCUGUAGACAGACUUGUAGUCCAAGAUCAUGGUAUUUACAACUUAUUUUUAAAGCUUUAUUUGUGAAAAUACACCCUCUCUUUUUCAAGAGGAUGAUCGUUAGCCUAUUGACAUUGUGAAAGAUUUUAAGUACCUUGGCACAGUCAUCCAUUCAGAACAAGACUGCAGCCAAGAAAUUCCAAGAAGACUGAGACUUGGAAGGGCAGCCAUGAAGGCACUGGAACAUUUCGUGGGUGACCAAACCCACGUAAGAACAUCCACACUGUGUAUGAGUGUAAGACGCAUGAGAAUUGCUUACUCAAGGAUGAGAAAUAUUUGCCGUCCCUUGAGCUAGCUAACACCAAUUCUGUUUGGCUGUAUUUUGCUGCUGCUAGUACAUUUCAGAAUGAAAAAAAGAAAAGCAAUAAAGCCAUACCUGUGAGCUUCAUUGGUUCCUCUCUUGAUUGUUAAUGAACAAAAAGUUAGCUGCUUGUAGGGAUCUGCAAAUUUGGACCAGUCAGCAUUUGUCAUUUUUCCGUGGGUCUGCCUUUUAUUUUGCAGUGGACAUUUGGUAAAAACCCUUCCUGGUUUUUCUGCCUCACUUGAAGAAAGGUGGCAAAGUAUGUGAACUCUGGAAGACUCGGGAGAAACCAUUUUCUUUGUGUUUUAGACUCCUUAACUUGUCCAAACCUUGACGCAGAGGAGAAGGCAGCCCUUCCUCCUGGUUCUCUGGAACUCAUGAGAAGGAUGCUGCAUUUUGGAGGUGUCAGAAGAGCCCAAUGAAAGAACCUCUUUGCUUCUGAGCCAUUCCCAGCUGGGCAGGAAUCGAGGAGAGUCCCUUUCCCCAAGACCUGUGUACACAAGAGGAAGAAGAGGGUUCUCUCCCCUUGAAUGGUGAGAGAGAGCUUCUCUGAGGGAACAGAAGAAAAUAUUGAAUUCUUCAUUGGAAACAAACACUAAACAAUGGAUGGCCCUAUUGGGGUUCGAAGCAGUCAAAGGAAGUCUAAAAUAUCAAGGAAAAAGAACUUUACUGACUGUGCACUGCCUCCGAUGAAGGCACUGUUGCAGAGCCAGAAGGAAUUGUGCUCCGUGUCAGCAGAAGAGCCAAAGGAAGAAAAUGGCAAUUUCCAUGAGGUCACGUUUCUGUGCUUAGCCGAUGAGACAACCCUUGCCGCUAAGGAAUUGGCAGCCAUGUCCUCAGAGCUCCCAGAUCUUCUGAAAUCACUACACCUGUGCAGUUUACAUGAAAACGAAGUUAUUUUUCUAAAAGAUAUAAACAGACCAUUGGGGAAUAGUGAUGUUGUUAAAGAAAAGAAUUACGCUUCACGAGUUCUAUGUGUGAUGAGAUUAUCUCCUUCAUGUCCAAGGCCUGAAGCUGACUCCGUGUUUACUUUGCUUAGCAAAUAUGCUGCUGGUAUAAGAUGUACACUGGAAAUGCACUCGCUGCAGAAGCACCUUUCAGAUGUGAAACACACGGAGGAUGACGAUACGAAUCAGUCUGUGUCCUCCAUCGAGGACGAUUUCGUUACGGCUUUGGAGCAUUUUGACGAAGAUGAGCCAACAAGGAUGACCAACCCUGGCCCUGUUAUUCCAGAGAAACAUGAAAAUACUACUUCACAUAUUAGUCAUCUUUUAGAAUCUGUUGAUCCAAAGAACAUUGUGAAUUCUCAGCACCUGAAGGUGUCUGUGGGUUCAUCAGCUGCUCUGGUUAACAUUCUGGAAUUUAAAGAAUUGUCAUCUUCUGCAAGAAAUUCGGUCACCACUUCUAUUUCUGAUCCUUGGGCACAGAGGAGUUUCUUCAGGCUGCAUAAUUCCUCUGACCACAGUGCUAAUCUUCUACAUAAAACAUUAUUUUCUUCCUCGCCUGUUGAAUCAUCAGAAUCAGAUUGCUCUAGUCCAAGCCCUGUUAUUUUCUUAGAUGAAGAAGGGUAUCAAAAAAGCUUGAAGGCAAAGCUUCAGUUACCGAAAAUCCCUGUGAUGAAAGAUGGUAUAGAAGAUUUGGACUCUGAAGUAAGUGAAUUUUUUGAUAGUUUUGACCAAUUUGAUGAACAAGAUCCAAGUCUGGAAAACAGUGCUAAACAUACUUGGGAUCCCAUUCUGGGUAGCCCGUCACAAAAGGAAAUGAUUCCAUGUAAUCAGUUGUGCAGUACUACGACAGCCAUGAAUCCACCGAAGCUUAAGUUUGAUCGCCCCGCUCUUCCAGCCCAUGUAAGGAAACCAACUCCUCGUAAACCAGAAUCUCCAUAUAGCAACCUUUUGGAUGUUCCAGGUUCCCCACGACCAGUGAAAACCUCGGGGGAAGACAGUGGGUGUUUGUUCAGCCCAAUCAGAUCAUCGGCUUUCAGCCCGUUAGGCAGUUGCUUUUCUGCAGAGUGCUUUUGUCAAGCGGGCGUCAACAGAGAUGCCAUUAACCAAAACCACCGUCUAGCUUGCCACACCUAUUCAGAUUUUGCGAACAAUGUGUCCUUUGAGAUUCUGGGUUCUGUGUUUAAUUCUAGGUCCUUGUUAUGUCCAUGCAAACAGGAAGUUUCCAACAAUAGUAGGAUUUUCACAAAAGAUGGAAAAGGUCAGGCUGCAAAAAAUAAAGGGGAAAUUUCUGGAAAAGGAGUAGGCAGGAAAGGUAAAUCUAAAUGCAGAUCACUAAUGAUUAAGGACCAUAUCCAAAAAUUUGCAUCCGAGCUUGUUGAAAAGAGUCUGGGCAGUGCUUUUAAAGACCUUCGGAAAGGUGUUUCUUCGUGUACUAAUACCCUCUGUCAUUUGGCUGCUAAACUGACUUCUUCAGUCUUUCAAAUGGCUUUUUACGAGAUUGGGAGGCAGCAAGCCCUUUCACUGAAGAAGAAAGCAGUUAAUGGGCUAGCGGGCUUUCUGGUGAGUGAAGCAAUAACUGGCGCGUUAAAAGAGCUUCACUCCGUAAAGCAACAAAUAUUUACCAACACAGUUGCAAAAUUUGCAGCCAACCUUGUCGAGGAGCUGAUUUUUGAAGGGAUCAUGGAAGUGUGUCAGUUUUCACACCCAUCAACUCCAACAGCUUCUCAGAACUGGUCGUUUCAUUAUAAUGAUAAAGUUGUGCAUUCGUAUGCCAAAGACUUGUCUGACUCAGUCAUUCAGGAAGCUUUUAUUGAGUUAUCCCAGGUUGAUGUGAUGUUUACGACACAAGCGGCGAUUAGUAUUUCCAUGGACAACAUAAAGUAUAUAAAUGCAGAAAGGAUAUUGGAGUCAGCACAGACCACCAGUGUGUCCUCUGAGUUUCCUGAUAAAAUGCCAGUAACUUUGAAUCCAGUACAGGAAUUCAGAAAGGAAUAUACUGUUCAUAAAGCCUUAUUUUAUACUUCAGGCAUUGCAAGUUCGGUUCCACUGCCCUUAGCUGGAAGCGUACUUCGUUCGAAUCAGAUUUUAUCUGAUGAUGCAAAGAUAAGGAACCUUUCAGAAUCAGAUGGCGGUCUGAAAAUAUACAAAGACUCUGCAGAAUUGUGUUACGCAACAAAAAAGCAACAAAGUGAAGUAACAUCGGUUAGAAAUGUUUACCUGACAACAGAUACCAGAACAGAUCAUGAAUAUAACACACAAUCAUUAUGUGUGCAAAGUGACUUUAAACAAGCCAGUAAUUCUGAUAUCAGUAAAUUUUCAGACUCCCCAGCUGGGAUGCCAAGCAUCAAUAACUUUUCAGGAACAAUGGUAGACAUGAUAGUUACUGAGGCAUAUGAAACAGUCACUUUUUCUAAGGCUUCUAAAUCUUCAGAGCAAUAUACAGAUAUGCUAAAAAUGGAGAAAAGGCCAUAUUUGCAGUGCAUUGGUGAAGAUACCUGUAAGAAUAUGUUUACUAAUUAUUUGGCCAAGCGCAUAGUGAAACAGUCUGUAGAUGAAACCAAAUCUGCAUGUUCUGCCACAGGUGAGAAGUUAGCCUACUGUGUGGGAUUGGGAACUGAUACAAAAGGCAAUAGGAAAGAAUUGCAUAGUGCAAUAAAGCAAUUUGAACAAAGCAAGAGCGUUCCAGUAAUUGUAGGGCAACGGCAGAUGCCCGUGAGCAGUGCAUCUAAAUUUCAUGUAACUCCUGUUUACUCUAACAGGUGUUUGCCUUCAGCCUCUAACGAUUGCUUACAGGACAAAAAGAAAUAUAUAACUUGCAGGGUAGCUACAUGCAUGUCCCCUCCGUGUUCCACAGCCGCAUUUGCAAAACCUGCGGAAGACUGUUCAGACCCAGAAAGUUCUGCAAGAUCAUUGAACGAUCCACUGGAGAAACACAACUUGCACAAAGCAGUGGAGUGCUCAGUAGUUUGUCCUGAAAAAGCUCUUGACAUGAACAGUUGUACUUCUGCAUCGACCAACUGUGAAGAACCACUUCAAAUGGAAGAUCGGUCAAGCAUCAGAGAAGGACAUCUCUCUGCAGUCCCAGAUACACCCCCACCGACACCUUUGGUCCCCUCCCAGUCUAGUUCUGAGUGGACUUUAAGGAAGUUAACGAAGAAACUUAAAGGUGAACUAGCAAAGGAGUUUGCACCUGCUACGCCCCCUUCUACACCUUACCGAUCGGAAAUAGAUGGAGUAUGUGAAAAUCAGUCUCAUGACUUAGAAAAGGAAGAGUUCAUGCUGAAACUAAUGUGGUCUCUGUCUGAAGAGGUGGAAAACAGCGAUGAUGAAGAAUAUUCUGAAACAUUAACUGAAAGGGUUAAAACAUCAGCCAGAGCAAUAGAAUAUGCAGAUAAUCUAGCCACUGGUAUAAUCUCUAUGGCAACUGAAAUGGCUGCUUCAUAUUUGGAUGGUAAAGGUAUUCAGAUGAGGAAUAGUACACACCUUCCAGUAAAUGGAGAAAACCAAAGAUACACUGCAUUUAUGAAUGUUCCAGAAAGUACCUUACUUGCACUGCGGGCUUAUGCUGGUGAUAUGGCUGGGAAGGUCAUUAGUGAAGCCAAGAAAGUGAUGAAAGCAAGGCAUUGCAAGCUUCUGAGGCAAAAGCAAUGCAGUUACCAGGCUGAUGGUUUUCAUCUUAAAAAAAAUUAUCAAGAAUGCUGCUCAAAAGACAGGAAAUACUCCUUGGCGCGCCAUUGGUCUAGAGAGACAGAUGCCUUCAUCCUUCCUUUACCCCAUAAUUCGGAAGCUCCGGGCCUUACCUCCAAAUACCCAAGCUGUGAGAGCGUAACGGAUGAAUAUGCAGAUCACAUCAUUCGGAUUCUGAAAAAGGAAGGCGGCCACCUUGACCUAAUAAUGGACCAGUUUGCCAGUAGACUUGCUUGCAGAGCGGUAAAAUAUGGCACGCAGCAAGCUGCCCGGAAACUCAAAAUGAAACAUAAUCGAAAAAUAGUUCCUGUGCAGAACUCAUAUAAUAAACUUGAACUAUUUGAGAGAGUCAACAAGGACGUGGAUAUAAAUAGACAGAGAAAAAGUAACUUUCGACAAUUUGGAAGACAAGCCUGCAGCAACCAAUGCUGCAUACAUAGAAAUGAGCAUACAAAGUUAUUGGAUUUCUCAGGCUCUGUCGCUUCUAGUAUAACUUCUGAUGUUACAAGAAAAUUAAUGUCAGCACCUUGCUUACCAAAGUCCUUAACUGAUUCUUGCUUGUAUGAAAAAUCUAAGACUGAUAAAGUUACAGAUCUUAAAGCAGCCUCUAAAACACUUUCUCCUUUCCAUUGCAAACAAAAGCUGUAUCACAGCACAGGCAGCUUAAAUGACUCGCCCCAGAGAGAGGGCAUUCUCCAUGCCAUAGAGCAUUAUGCUAGGAAGGUUGUAGAUGAUACCUUGGAGGUCAGCUUGGAAUCUGUCACUCAUCAAAAUACGAAAAACCAGACAAAUGGCGAUAGGUCAACACACGCAGAAAAGUUAUCUCCGUUUUCGGCAACUGCCUGUAGACAUUGCAAUAUGAAGGAAGAGCAGUACUGUACUGGCAUUUCGUCAUUGUUGCUGACUGGACCAGACGUCCGCUCUAAAGCUUGGGAGUUUCCAAACGCAGGUGUGAGUGCUGACUGUCCACAGUCUCAUGUGCUUCACCUGGAUAUUCCCAAAAUUCAUAUUGAUAUGGAUGAGAAAGCGGUGUUUGCUGACAAUAUAGUUGCUGUGGCAUUUGACAAAGCAGGAAGACAGCUCAGCAACACAAGUUUGACAGCUGACAGCGGAAUUGGCCAAGAUGGGGUUAGCUUUGCUGAAAGCCUUACUACCGAAAUCAUGACUUCCUGCAUGACUAACAUUGCUACAGCUGUUAAUCUGAGUUCCACCGGAAAAGAGGGUUUUAAUUCUGCCGACUCCAUGGCCAGCCAGCAAAUGAGUCUGAGCCCUGGAGAUGACAGCACUGGAAGUUGGUCCAAUCUGAGUUUCGAAGAUGAGCAUCCAGAUGAAAGUAGCAGCUUCCUUCACCUUAGUGAUAGUAAUGGUAACAGCAGUAGCUGGAGCAGUCUUGGUUUAGAAGGAGAUGUGUAUGAGGACAAUUUAUCCUUUCCCACAUCAGACAGUGAUGGAACAGAAGAGAAAGAUGAAGAGUUGAAGGAGACCACUGAAGCAGGGUCAGCACGUGGCGUAGGAAAGGCACUGACCGUCGCAAACGUCGACAUAGGACCAUGCGUGGUGGACUCACAGCUGAGGAUGACGCUGCAGUGGUUGACUGCCUCAGAAGCAGAGGUGUCUGAGCUUCAUUUUCGUGACAGUGCUCCAAAGGACUUUGUUCCCCUUUCAAAACAAAUGCGAGAGAGAGGCUGGAAAGUGGGAGAUCUCUUUCAGGCAGUGCUGAAGUACCACGAAGUGAUGGAGAAGGCGCCCGAUGGGGAGAGACCCCUGGAGAACAGGACUUUCUUUCGAUGGCUUCAGGAACGUGUCUGAAUAGCACUGUGCCGUCUCCUUGCUUCUUGCCUCCUUUGGAAGGAUGGAAACCUGUAUCGUGCAUCUCGGCUAGCUAUUGUUCUGUUAUUUGCCUUGUGAGAAACGUUGGGUGACUGUAAAUGUAGCUCUCCUCUCCGGUGCUUCGUGCUGCUCCAUUGACUCGUUAUCCAUGCAUAUUGUCCUAACGAGUAACCCUGGCCCACCUGAACUUCAGCCCGUUGCAGCAGCAAGAGGAAUGAAUGUCUCUGGAGUCUGUCCAUAAGGGAGUGAGCAAGCUAGACAAAUGUACCACUUCAGCCUAGCACACGUCUUCCCCUCUGUCCCUCUUUUCCUGUCUUUCCUCUUGUUCAGUGAACACAGAAUCCAUGAUCUGCCACUUUCUCCACCGUAGAGCAAGAUUGGUACACAAACUCUACUGCUUGUUCUUUCUCCUCUACCUCGAAGGAGCUCAGGGCAGUUCAGAGUGAACAGGAAGGCAGAAAGUGACCAAAUCAGGGUGGAAUGUGGUUGCUUUUAAGGAUUAGGGAGGUUCGCCACCAAUAUCUGUUGCAGUGUCUCCGCUCUGGCCUGUGAAACAAUGAGAGAAACAGCCCUAAAGGUUGGUGGAACUGCUGUUUCUUACAAAUGGACGUCUUUUAUUGGUUGUAGCUGUAGAUGCGCAUGUCAGGCACAUACUCUAAAGAGCUAUGGCUUUGUUUGACUUUGUGUUGAGAGUCCUCCUGCAAAAGCGCGUCAAGAACAGUUCUCUGUAUUUCAAUAAAACGCAUUUGUUCUCGUCCUAUAUAAACCAACUAUGCAAAGAAAAAAAAUGUCACAUCUAGGUUGCUUUUUAAUCUACCCCAAUUAAAUUGACCAGUACCAAAAGAAGUGUUGGACCACAUAUAGCUGGUGGUGUUAGGAAGCAUAUCUGAAUUUUUUUCUACCGAUGACUGUCCCAGGACCAAUAUUUCCUCUUUAUACAGUACAUUUUUGUUUCAGACUUUCCUGUAAACAGUUCCUUGUGUUAAAGUAGAUUGAGCACGCAGCUACUGAGACCUUUUGUCAUUAGUGUGAGGCCCUUAGCAUUGCGUAGCUAUUUUAAUGAGCUUGUUUUGAGAGUGGGAUCAUAAAUUUCAAAACAGGCAGGCUCCUCCACACUGCAGUCUGGGUAAAGCUGAGCUUGCUUGCUGCUACAUACAACAGAAACAGGAAUGCACCUGCUUGUCUCCCUGGCCAUAUCUGUGCUUAAUUACUGGGGAAACAACCACCUCACACCAGUGAGGAUGACCUGCCAGCAGUGCAAGAGAGACUGUGGUUGCUUUGCUCCCAGUAGGGAGAAAGAUGCUGAUCCUAGUCUAGAAGCAAACUGCCAGUGGCUUCCCCCAGGACUUCAGCUUAAUUCAGGCUGCAGCACUUGAAGUAUGCAGUGUUCUGUUUUUUUCCAGUGAGCAUCUUUAUUUUCUGCAGUAUUUUAGCUUUCAGGGUGUAGUUCCUGAUCACCGUUCUCUUUAGUUUUGAGCCACCUUAUACAUCUCGGUAUAGUUGCAGCCAUACUGACAACAAUUGUUCUCAUGGAAGGUUUGGACUUGAUUUAAUCCUAGGCAGCUUUGAUUGAUAGGAAAUGCAGUUGAUUGGGUUAGUUUUGCAGAGUUAGGGUAACUCACAUCUACCUUAAUCCUGAGCUAAGCUAUGUGGAAGGAAUUUCCUUCCUUGGAAGAACAUUUGGAAGUUACUUCCAGGUAAAUCCGUUUAUGUAUCCCUUACCAGUUGGUCAUUUGUAAAUGUAAAUAGUUGAUUGCAAGGAGAGGAGUUUUGAGUCUUGAUUGGGCUUGCAGAAGAGUUGGCUUCAUCCUUUAAUCAUCAGGCGGGGUCCUGUGCAGUUAGAAGCCAUCAAGGGAAUUGAAGAUGCCUGGCAUCUGUUACAUGGCCAUGGGCUGCGAAGGUGUCUGGGCAGGCCCCCCCACCCCCCGCCAGGUAGUACCAUACACUUAGGUAAAGCCUUCUGAUUUCUUUGUCACCUCCCUAGAAUGACAGGAAUCCCGAGGCAGGUAGAAAUUCACCAGGAGCAUUUUUCCAUGGCAGAAACAGGACUGGCAUCUUUGCCUCCUGAAUUUUUGCCUGGGAUGCAGCCUGCAGAUGCAGAAGCUGGAGCUGAGAAGAAAAAACAUAGAAGCACUUAUUCCAGAUGGCUGGGGGACCAGAGAGCUCUUCUUGGCCUCUUUGUCAAACCCUGGAGCUGGAACCCUAAGUUCCAUGGCACCUUGAUUCGAACCUGUCUCUGUGAGCCCUGUUCUGCAGAAGUGAGGACACAGGAGGUCCAGGAGUGUGACCCGCAUGUGGGGCGGUUGGGCAAGGGAUGUUUCGUCUCUUCCUCUCCUGAAUACUUCACCAGGCUUAGUGUGCUGGAAAGCGUGGACUUUCAGAGCCCCUUUGCUAGGGCUUGAGGGACAGCGGAGGCCCCGGCUGCAUUCACGUGAGGAGUCAAGUCCGGCAGUAAAUGGGUUAAGCUGCCCCGCACUUUUUUAGUGCUGUUGGAUUGCUCUGUUCUGUUUUCCUGUAUGGCUUAAAGAAAUAGGAUGAUGUUUUACAUGCAUACCCAGUAUAGGUAGAGACAGAGAAAUGAAGUGUGUAAGCGACACAUGGUUCCUGCACUUCUUCCUAAACCUGGUAUUGCUUUCUGUUCAGGAAAUGCCUGUCGAGUGGCCCUUGGUGUGACAAUUAUAAACCUAAAAGCAGUUUGAAUAAUUGUUUAGAUAUACCAGUAGUGAAUGAAGCUCUUUCACUGUGCAAUGGCGACAUUUUGUGGUUUUUAGAUACUAUUAGUUACAAGAUAAGAAUUUCAAGUUGCACUAAACCUGGCCUUGUUUUAGCAGUAUCUCAAAAUAAAUUGUAUAUAAACUGAA